GCACCACCUGAAAAUUUAUCACUACCUAGCAAGCUAAACACCACGGAUUCAUAGCGAUGACCGGCUGGGAUGAUACGGCCACGGCUUCGGCUGUGGAUAAACAUGUUUUCAUCGGAAAGCCGAAGAAGAUCGUCCCCGUUCCCCCCGAGUUCCGUCGCAUCACGCAUGCAGCGGAGCGCGACAUGCUUGUCAACGAUGUCAAGAUUAAGACAGAUUGUCUGGUGACUCCACACUGGAAUCAGGGCAAGAUAUUCCAAUUCGACAUAUACGGUUCCGGCGCCGGGCUCGAAAACGCCAUUGCUCACCUUAACCAUUGGAUCUCGAAUGCACACGUCAAGUCGAAAGACUCCUCGGCGUGGGGUAAAACACCCGCUUUCAACCCAAACCAGUGGUACUACGACCGAGUGGCAGAGCUGGAGGGCGAUCGCAAGCAGGUGUUCAAGGGCCCGGCCCCAACAUUUCCUCAAGAUGCACCCAAGCUGCCUAGUGUUAUUGUCGACUGGCCUGAGGUUCUCCGAAACCAUUCCAUCACUCCUCGAGAUGCGUUCGACAACAAACUGGAAGUCCUGGAUAGUCUUAGAAUGCGUGAUGAGGUCUUCAUCACUCUUCUACCAAACAACAAUGGACUUUGGCAGGUUGAGAUCCUUGGCUUCGAGCUAAGCAGGGUUGAGCAAGCAGAGGCGCAUUACCGUACCAUGGUCGAGAGGGUUAAAACUGAUACAUUCAGCCUUCAGCAUCCGCUUAAUAUGAUACUUGAUGGUGGAGAGGGCAUCCAUGUUGUCCUCGAGCAAGCCGAUUACUGGUGGCCUCAACGCAAUGACAGGAUUGUGCCCCGGUUGCUUCCUUCUCCGAUGAUGGACAGCCCGGGGUGCUUUCGUGGAGAGGGAUUACAUUCCACGCAACUGGCGAGGAUACAGAACGCAAUCCAACAGGCCCUCGAAGAUGCUCGAUGCAAGAGAGGCUCUUACGACUUUGCUGUGCGCCUUGGAUGUCUUGCUCUUGGUUCGCAGAAGAUACCCGAUGACCAGGUCGGACGAACUUUCCAGCAGGAGGAAUUUCUGAGGGCCGUCGAUUCUAGGAUUGAUCUCAUGGUGAAGAGGUGGGUUGUCGACAAUGAGCUUGGGUUGGAGAUCCACCGCCAACUCGUCACUGCGGAUCAUCUGCUCGAACCAACAAAGUCUGCCGUCUACUAUGGCCAUACCCCCGCAACCCUGAACCAAACUCGGCCUAUAUUCCGGGGCACUUGGGUGUUUCGUGAUCCUAAUAGUUCUGUCAGCCAGCCUGCUGCACCCGUUCGCCAUGUCGGAAGGCCCGCUCCUAUGCAGCAGAACACACCUGCCCCUGCAGCCCCACCCAGUAGUCUUUUCGUCGUCCAAGUUGACUGGACAGAUGAUGAAGAUGGUCUGUAUGAGAAAACAGACACUAGGUUCUACAAGUUGGAGCCAGGCAAAGCCACACCUAAGGUCAACAUGGAUAUAAACCUGAUGGAACUGGGAGAGAGCAGAGGCUGGCAUUUCGCCCUCGAAUCAAUGAUUCCCGUGUCACGAACACUUGUUUCUCCUAUACUGACCGACUUCGCCAAGGGCGUGGCAAUGCGACCGAAAUACAAAGUGCAUUCUGCGGAGCUCUUUGCGCACUGGGACCAGACACCUUCCAUUAAGAAAAACCUCCAACAUGGUCGUCUCGACAAGAUCUACUCUUUCGGAAUCCAGAAGACUUGCUACAGGGUUGAGCUUACCGCGAUGUGGUAUCCACAACAGCAGAUGCCGGUUUGGGGCCUCGGUGUUCGUCAUUCGGAAUGGGCGACUCAUCUUGCUGAGUUGGAAUGCCUGGAUGUCGGCUGUCAAGCUACCUGGGGCAAUACUAUUUCCACUUUCCUACCCGACAAUGGUCUCACAUCAAGUGCGAGUACAAACGAGGAAGACCUUGGAAUGAAGGCCCUGAACCUGGACGAUAAGGAUGAAGUGUCUCCUCGUGAUGGUAUCCGGAUCUUGAUGGAGAAACUGAUGCAGCUUUCUGAGAUCGUCAGCUCCGUCACUAAAGCUGAGGGAGGUGUG